AUGUCGCCAUCAAAAAAGGAACUUGCAAGCUUGAUUGUAGACUACCUUUCUCGCGUUUCAGAAACUUCCCAGGUUCGUGAAGAGUAUUUGGACUCGUUAAACGUGGCAGUCGACUGUAUCACGGAAGCAUUCGAGUUAGAACAAGAAACAGUCGCUCAAACUAUCCAGAAAAGCUUCAAUGGUCAGGGACUAGAAGAAAUUGCUGCUACAGCAGCUAAAAGCCGUUCUGGUACGGAGCCUUCUGGUGCUCCAGAAAGCGUUAAAGUUAACAUCCCUAUUGACGAUGCUGAGACCAAGGCUAAAGCCGAGACCCUCAAACUGGAGGGAAACAAGGCUAUGGCUGGUAAGGAUUUCGGAUUGGCGAUCCAAAAAUAUACGGAUGCCAUCGAAAUCUUGCCUUCCAACGCCGUGUACUACGCCAACAGAGCAGCUGCUCAUUCGUCGUUGAAGGAAUAUUCUGAAGCGGUGCAGGACGCCGAACUAGCCAUCAAAGUCAACCCUGCGUACUCCAAGGGGUACUCUAGACUUGGAUUUGCCCAGUACGCUUUGGGCAACUCCGAAAAGGCCCUAGAGGCGUACAAAACCGUUCUUGACAUCGAAGGUGAGAAAGCUACCGAUGCUAUGAAGAGAGAUUAUGAUACCGCUAUGAAGAAGGUGGAGCAGUCUCUAAACUUGGAGAGGUCUUCGCCUAAUGCUGCUGCUGCCUCAGAGGACGACGCUUCGCCAGCUGCAGGCAACGGUGGAGGUGGUUUCCCAGAUUUGGCUUCCAUGCUAGGUGGUGGUGGCGGCGGUCUUGGCGGUCUGGGGGGCCUUUUGAACAAUCCUCAGCUCAUGCAAGCUGCCCAGCAGUUCAUGCAGAACCCCAAUGCCAUGAAUGAUAUGAUGAGCAACCCUGCUGUGAAGCAAAUGGCUGAAAAGUUCCAGUCUGGCCAGGGCGCUCCAAGCAUGGCAGACAUGAUGAAGGACCCUGCUUUGAUGGACAUGGCCAAGAACUUCCUGGGCGGAAACAAGAAAUAA